AUGGAUCAGUCACAGAAGCAGGCGCUGGAAGCAUUGCAGCCGUUUAUUCAUCUCGCAAAUUCAUCAACCACUCACAGCGCGCGGUUUAUUGCUAAUAUCAUUACAAAUGCUACGUCUGCCCCGAAUACCUUCAUCUUCGCCGAGUUGCUCGAGACCCAAGCAGUUCAAUCAUUGGCACGCCCAGAUACACCAGAGGAAUAUCGGUCUUAUUUAAAAUUACUGGAGAUAUUUGCUUGGGGCUCAUGGGAAGAAUACCAUGCAACCCCAAAUCUCCCCGCCCUCAGCGAAGCCCAGGCACUCAAACUCCGACUUCUAUCUCUCCUCGCCCUCUCUACAACCCAUAACCCGCUCACAUAUCCCAUUGUGAUGAAAUCUCUCUCCCUAAAAGAUCAUGUGGAGCUUGAAUCUCUCGUGACAAAAGCCAUAUACUCAUCUCUUAUCACUGCUCGCCUAUCACCAACAACAACACCUCCAACCAUCAAUGUCAUUUCAGUGGCCCCUCUCCGCGACGUUCGCCCCCAAGCGGUUGGUGGGAUGAUAUCAAUCCUUACAGAGUGGCAUGAAAGAUGUCAGAAAGCGGUUGAAGGCAUUGAGAGCGAGAUUAACACAAUAAAAGCUGAUGCUGCCAGAAGGCGGGCAAUGGAGAAGGAUCGAGCCUAUCGUUUUGAAAAGAGUGAAGGGGGCUGGCACGGGGAUGAUGAUAAAGAAGGCGAGGGAGGGAUUGCCUCAAAAGAAUCGCGAUCUCGAAUGUCCUUUAGCAAAGAGGGCUCGCUUGGUGGGACCGCGGCUAAUGCUGCAAGACGGCUCUUUGGGGGUGGCAGUUCUUCAAAAGGAAAUAAGCGGGAAUUCCAUGCUACAGGAGGUUAUUCGGGUAAUGGCCAGGAUAGCAUGGAAGUAGACCCAUCAACCCUUCCGAGAUCUAUGAAAGUUAAGCUUGAGGCACAGGACGUUUGCUAG